AUGGGCGUUUUGGACAUGUCGAAUCCUCCUCCAACUUCUCAAACCAAAGAUUUUUUCCCGUCUCCUGCUCUCUCCCUUAGCCUUGCUGGGAUUUUUCGUCGUGGUGCGGCGGCCGCCAACUUGGAAGUGGAGGAGGGAGAUGAAGGAAGUGGCGGCGGCGGAGCAGCAGCAGCAGGAGGAGGCAGGAGAGAAGAGACAGUGGAAAUCAGUAGUGAAAAUUCUGGACCCUUGAGGUCGAGGUCGGAUGAUAUGGAUGAUUAUGAAGGCGAAGGAGAGCAAGAUGACGGUGGUGAGGAUGACCAAAACAACAAGAAAAAGAAGAGAAAGAAAUAUCACAGACACACCGCUGAACAAAUUAGAGAAAUGGAGGCUUUGUUCAAGGAGUCGCCCCACCCAGAUGAGAAGCAAAGGCAACAGCUUAGCAAGCAAUUAGGCCUUCAUCCUAGGCAAGUCAAAUUUUGGUUUCAAAAUCGUCGAACCCAAAUCAAGGCUAUUCAGGAACGUCAUGAAAAUGGCUUGUUGAAAACGGAACUGGAAAAGCUUCGCGACGAGAAUAAAGCAUUAAGGGAGACCAUUCAAAAAGCUUCUUGUCCUAGCUGCGGUUUUGCUACAUCCGCCAAGGGUCCUUCUACAGCCUCCGACGAACAACAGCUACGAAUUGAAAAUGCUAGACUUAAAGCCGAGGUGGAAAAACUUAGAGCAGCUCUUGGGAGAUACACCCCUGGAACAUCACCGAGCAAUUCAUCUUGCUCAGCAGGAAACGAAUUUGAGAACAGGAGUUGCUUAGAGUUUUACAGUGGCAUAUUCGGGCUGGAAAAGUCGCGAAUAAUGGAAAUUGUCAAUCAAGCAUUGGAAGAGCUUAAACAAAUGGCUACUUUAGGACAACCUCUAUGGAUCCGAAGUUUAGAAAGUGGAAGGGAGAUUCUUAACUAUGACGAAUACAUGAAAAAAUUUCCCUUUGAGAAUGCAAAUAACGCGGGGCCUAAGAGACCUAUUGAGGCCUCGAGGGAGACUGGAAUUGUGUUUGUUGAGCUCCCUCGGCUUGUUCAAUGCUUCAUGGAUGUGAAUCAGUGGAAAGAAAUGUUCCCCGGCCGGGUUUCAAAGGCAGCUACGGUUGAUGUUGUAUGCAUGGGUGAAGGGGCUAACAGAGACGGACUAGUUCAGCUGAUGUUUGCGGAGCUGCAAAUGCUCACUCCAAUGGUGCCCACAAGAGAAGUCUAUUUUGUCCGAUAUUCCAAACAAAUAAGUGCGGAUCAAUGGGCAAUUGUUGAUGUCUCGAUUGACAAAGUGGAAGACAGCGUUGAUGCAUCCCUAACAAAAUGCAGAAAACGUCCAUCUGGCUGCAUCAUUGAGGAUAAAUCAAAUGGCCACUGCAAGGUGACUUGGGUAGAGCAUCUGGAAUGUCAGAAAAGUACAGUUCACUCCUUGUACCGCGCAGUAGUAAAUAGUGGUCUAGCUUUUGGUGCAAGGCAUUGGAUGACAACAUUGCAGCUACAAUGUGAAAGGCUUGCGUUCUUUAUGGCAACAAAUGUUCCUACCAAAGAUUCCAGUGGAGUUGCCACACUCGCUGGGAGGAAAAGCAUACUGAAAUUGGCGCACAGAAUGACAGUAAGCUUUUGUCGUGCACCAGGUGCAUCAAGCUAUAAUACAUGGAGCAAAAUCACUAGUAAAAGUGGAGAUGACAUUAGGGUGGCUUCAAGGAAAAACUUGAAUGACCCUGGAGAACCUCUUGGGGUAAUUCUAUGUGCAGUUUCCUCCGUGUGGCUACCAGUAUCUCACCAUGACUUAUUUGACUUCCUAAGAGAUGAAUCCCGUCGCAAUGAGUGGGACAUGAUGUUAAAUGGAGCUCCAGCACAAUCCAUUGCAAACUUGGCCAAAGGGCAGGAUCGAGGGAAUGCCGUCACCAUCCAAACAAUAAAAACCAAAGACAACAGCAUGUGGGUGCUCCAAGAUAGCUGCACAAAUGCCUACGAGUCAAUGGUGGUCUAUGCCCCAGUGGAUAUUAGUAGCAUGCAAUCAGUUAUGACGGGCUGUGACUCCAGCAAUAUUGCUGUACUACCUUCAGGUUUCUCAAUUCUUUUGGAUGGAGUGGAAUCAAGGCCUCUGGUUAUCACAUCUAGGCUGGAAGAGAAGAGUUCGGAAGGAGGAUCCCUACUUACUAUUGCUUUUCAAAUCCUAACUAGUAACUCUCCAACAGCAAAACCUUCGGUAGAAUCUCUAGAAUCAGUUAACACCUUAAUAUCAUGUACAUUACAGAAGAUCAAGGCAAGCUUGAACUGUGAAGAUUGAUGAUUAUCCUGGUUAAAUGAAUAGGUUUUACUUGACUGUAAAACAUAUUACUCCCUUUGGUUAUAGAAACUGUGGAAAGCAUUUUGUUCAUUUUAGUUGCUCAAUUUUCUCUUUUCUAUUUGGA